CACACGUGGACAAGCGCGACCGGAACCCAGAUGUGAUUGCGAUCUCUCCGCCGAGUGCCCAUUCUCGCGCUCACGCUUGCUCGCACUCACGGCUCACGCGAGCGGACAAAUCAAUACACGGAGAUGAACUGAGAAACAACCGAGAAACCUUCGCGAUUCAAGGCACGACUGUCCAGCACCAAGACCUCGCGGCGUUUCUCUUUCUGUGGAAGCGAAAGGAGCGGGACGGACGACAGUUUUCGCGUUAAAUACGCCAGGGUUUGUGCGUUUCACUGAACGCUGUGAUAUUUCCCUCAAGAAGUUUUUAAAACAAGUUUGGACCGGAUUCUGUUUGGAGUUGGACGUUAUUUAACGUUAGUUUACAUCCCGCCUUGGUGCGCGAGCGCUUGUGAGGAGUUUUCUACUGAAGACUACAAAACAUGGAUUUAUUCUUUAUUUUAAGCGUAAAACUUUGAUAAACCGUCCGAAAUUGCGUGUAACGGCUGCUCUGCAGUCUUUUCCAGCAUUUAUUGUUAAGGAACAUAUCUAUUGUAGUCUUGAGAGACACAUUUUUUUGCUGUGACAGGACGCGUUUACAGAGCCAAAUAUGUCAGUCCAUGAUGAAGAAGAGGAAACUCCUCUGAUUCUCUGAAGGGAAACAUAUCUAAAUCAUAUUUUAACAUCAUACGAUACUUCUUCGAGUUCUCCUUUAAUUUAGCUUAAUAAUUUGAUUAUUUCGUUGUACAAAGUCCUGUAUAGCUCUGUAGUGGAUAGCACUCAGCUGGAUUUAAUUCGUUAAAAAAAGCUGUUAAGCGUAUAUCCUUGUGAAGAUCGUUCUCACGCAAUUGACCUUAGGCACUUUAGUGCCCUUUGGACUAAAGAGGAACUGGGAUAAUUUCACAUCAGCAUUAUCUUGGUACGUGCGCCAGGCUGCCAGACAUACAGUUUUAUUUUUGCCAGUAUUCUACAUCAUUUCUGUCAAUAUGGAGGAGUGGAGACAGUGCGGUCGCUGGUUGAUAGACUGUAAGGUUUUGCCCCCCAACCACCGGGUCGUUUGGCCCUCAGCGGUGGUGUUUGACCUGGCCCAGGCGCUUAGAGAUGGGGUGCUCCUGUGCCAGAUGCUGCACAAUCUGUCUCCUGGAUCCGUGGACCUAAAGCAGAUCAACUUCCGGCCUCAGAUGUCACAGGAAUGUGGAUUUCAGCCAGUGCUCUUUGCAAGGAAUGUGUGGCAAAGGCAGUUCCUACCCGUAAAUAUGACGUGGCUGAGAAGCAUGAUGUAGCCAUUUGUAAGUGUUGACUGUUUUCAGAGGCUUUAAACACACGUCUCACUGUGUCUCCC